UCUUUCCAACUCACUAUCAAUGCCACAGACCUCAGAACUCUUUCUCUUUGGCUCUCCACUGUCCGUACCUGGGACUAUUCGCAUGUGGCUGAUCUGCGUGCCAUACGCCAAUUCGAAACAUGUCGCUAUUCUAGACGCCCGUCAAAGCGUCAAUCCACUGCGACAACCCUCCACACCAACCCCCUGAUCGCUCCCACCAUGGCCGACAAUGCUUCCUCAAGAAGCUUCGUUUCUGUACCCCCUCCUCCGUUACCGAAAGACUAUCCUCCUCUUCAACGUCCUACUUUCCCUCCGGCAGCUGUGAAACAAUUUUCCCAAGGCUCUCCCGUUCGCCGCAAGCCUCUCCCUUCGAACGCCUCGCCCGUUGUACCAUCACCUGCGUCACCUGAGUCUGUUGAGCAAGUACAGAGCGCGACAGUUUCCCCGGAGCAAGGAAAGACCAACGGCAUCUCACGCGCUCUUGACUUUGUAGAAAAGGGAACAUCGAAUUCUUUGACACCUUCACGGAGUCGAAAACCUGUACAGGAAACCGCGUCUCGAAGCACGACGAACGGCUCCGUACCUCGAGUAUAUACCGAAGACUAUACAAGCUCCCCCCAGAGCAGCCACAGAGGAAGACCUUCAAAUGGUUUCGCGGUAGAACCCGUGGGAGAGGACGACAUGGGUCUGAAACCUGGCUCGAGGCCGCCACCUCUGCGGACGGACUCGAGCUCGUCAACAAAAUCAUUAACGGUCGUUGAUGCGAAGAAACCUCAAACGCCAGGAUCCAAGUUCACUUCCUUUUUCAGCCGCAAACCUGCCGCGUCCCCCAGCACUGAAUCUUCAGUGACCGACAUAUCCGACCGAAAAUCUCCCCUUCCAUCCCCUUUCAUGGGAUCACCUAGUGUCUCUGUACAUUCAUCAUCAGGAUUUCCGUUCGGAAGCUCUACCUCGCGACCUCCACAAUCACAACCCUCUCAAGAUUCGAUCGAAUUUGAUGGCCGCUCAUAUGUUCAUUCGCUUUCCAAUGGCGACGCGGCAAGCAAAUGCCUCCAGCUGGAGGCUGAACUACGCGAGAUUAGCACAGAACUGGCCAACUCCAUCAAACGCGAGAUGGACCUGGAAGAUCUUGUUGAUAGGUUGCAGAAUGAAGGACCAAAUGUGAGCAGGGAGAUUGAUCGUACCAGUGACUAUUUCUCCGACUCAGGGACAAGCUCUGUGCGACCUGGAACUAGUGAAGGCAAUCCAAAGGACGAAAUCCAGCGGAUACGACGCGAGUCAGAACAACAAAAAGCACACUUAAAGGUUGAGAUGUCUAAGAAGUGGCAGAAUGAGCGGUCGAGUCGGCAAGCCCUCGAGUCUCAUGUCCAGAUCCUGGAACAAAGGCUUUCGCAGACGCGUCGAGAUCAUAAUCAAUCGGCAGAUGUGACAGCAAGAGCCAAGGAACUCGAAAUGUCACUUGAGGAUGCAAAACGCAGACUAAUUGAGGAAAGGCAGAUAAAAGAGAAUUUUGAAGAUCUCCUCACCGCUCUACGAGUCGAACUUGAGCAGCAUCGCAAUGAACGAGACAAUCUUCGUGACGAAGUUGUGCCUCAACUGCGAUCUCGUGUCGAAGGCCUCGAGGCAAGCCUAUCUGAAUCCCAGAAGUCACCCUACGAUGUAUCAAGAAUGCAACAAGAGAUCCAAAGUCUCAGGGAUGAAAAUGCCGCACUCCAAAGUGCAAGAGCAAUGAAUAUGCAGUUUCAGUCCAUCUCAGAAGAAGGUGAAACAGUCGAAUCACCAACAAAAUCAUCCUUUUUUGGUGGGCGAGGUCCAGGCUUACAGCGUUCAAACACUAUCCACAUCAAUAGGUCCAAUUCGAGAGCAGGCAAUCGGUCAAAUUCUUUGUCCAGGUCAAACUCGAUCAGCAACCGCACUGCCACCGAAAAUCAGCAGCCUCUUACUGACCAGUUGAAGGAUGUCACGGAGCAGAGAAAUGCCUUGCACACCACCGUCAAGUACUUGUUAAGGAGACAAGAAGCUGAACGGCGGCUGUAUGAGAAGCGUUUGAAGCUGAUUGAGGCCGAACGAGAUCGUGCGCAGUCAUUGCACCAUCAGAGAAAAGGAGGCUACGAACGAGAAGUUCGCACCCUUCGCUCAGAAAUCAAUUUGUUGCGCAAAAGAACCGACGACGCUUUGGAACAAAAAUGGCAGUGUGAAAAGGGACUAGCUGGUCUCAAAAUGGACUUGGACCGGAGCAAACAAGAGACUGCUAGCCUGCAAACGUUGCUCCAAGUUCGGGAUGACAGCGCUCCAGAAGUACUGUCCUCGACAUUGGAGGAAGCUUUGCGACGGCUGCAACAACAGCGGGAGCAAGCACGGCAGCAGGAUUCCCUAGGCCAAAUCAAGCAAGAGCAAGAAGUUGCUGCACAGCUGGAACUAUCAGCUCAAAGAUCCGAGGCAUUAGCCACGCAAGUCAGAAAACAAAUGCAAGCCAACUCUGAUCUAAGAACUCGACUCAUGGAAGCCGUUCAGAACGGUGAACAGAACCAACAAGCUUCAGCAGAGCAAAUCAACGAUCUCCAAUCAAAACUUCGCAAGCUAGAGGACAGUAUUACUGUUGCCCAGAUGCAAUCCGAGACAGCCGUCAUGAAACACGAAGAGGAGGUUCGGGUCCUUCGAGCUAGUCACAAUAUCCAAUUGAUGCGCACAAGGUCUGGCAGAAAGACCCCUGGCCUUUUGACACCAACACCUAACUCGCCAAUGUCUCCAAUGUUUGCCAAUUCGAGAAAGAGCCCAAGAUUGGACCUGACUACUAGUGGGCCAGGCAUGGCGCUCCAGGAAGCUCUGAAGACCGAAUUCCUUGAAAAGAAGGUGGCAGAUCUGGAGAAGGCUCUUGCAGAGGCAGAGAAGGAGAUGGGAGACGUCGUGGGUCGAAUGAACACGGCUCAGAUCGGUGUGGCUGAGCUGGAAUCCGAGAGGGACGAAGCUCUCCGUCAAACCCGACGACUCGAAGCCGCCAUCGCAGCUGAACGUGAAAAGGUCCAAACCCUUCUCGACUCCUCAUACGACUACUCUUACUCGGACGACUAUUAGCCUAUAAAAGUGGCUUCACAUCAACGAUACACUCAAAACUACAAGUACAUUCUUGCUUAUAAUCAUUUACAUCAUCUAGCCAUGACAGGCAUAUUUAGCGUGGAGUUGUUGGUCUAAGAAGCUUGCAUGCUUCAUCAUUUGGAAAUACCAAACAGUGUUUGAACUUUCAGCGGCCUAAUUUGGCAUAUUUGUUACCCUUUUCAGAGGGCUUGGUUGUUCUUUGCUGCCACUACAAAACGCACGCGAGAUCUCUCGCAGUGCAUCGGUACAUGAUAUACCCAGUUAAUAGUAUUUAGACAGACGCGAUGAAGGGUGGUUACGAUUACAGGAGCCUAGGGAUUUGGACAUAGUGGAACUUGGGGGCAGGAGGAGGGGAUUGGGUGUUGCACCACUCAUUGAGGAUCAGGAUAUUGGCACUCUAGUUGUCUGGAUAAUACAACGAUCCUCUUCGGCGUGAAGUUGGUCAAGGAGCCUUGAAGAGAGCUCUCACAUCUAC